CUUCGGAUCUCUGAAUCUCUCCUCAAUCUUUCUGGUACACUUCUGGCUGGGCUUUGCAACUCUUUGAUUUUCGAGUUAUCAUGACAUAAAGUAUGAGAUUUCUUCUAAAGAGCUGAUUAUAGUGAAAUGACAAUUGAUGUGCAAUCAUCAAUGGCCCAAAGUGUGAGAGCAACUAGGUCUUCCUUUAGCUCUAGCAAUGGAAAUGAAGAAACUCCUUUGCACAAUCCUGUUUCUAUCUCAAAUGGGGAUGAAUAUGAUAGUGAUGGCUCCAAUUUUGCACCACCUACACCUACGACACUCUCAAUGGCUAUUCCAGCAGAACUUGCAGGUGCUAUACCCUUGAUUGAUCGAUUCCAGGUGGAAGGAUUUUUGAGAAUGAUGCAGAAACAAAUUCAAUCUGCCGGUAAACGUGGGUUUUUCUCAAAAAAAUCUCUAGGCACUCAAGUUCGAGAAAAGUUCACUUUUGAGGAUAUGCUUUGUUUCCAAAAGGAUCCUAUACCGACAUCGUUACUUAAAAUCAACAGUGACCUGGUCAACAGAGCAACAAAAUUGUUUCAGAUAAUUUUGAAGUACAUCGGAGUUGAUCCAUCUGAUCGAGUAACUCCUCCGAGUUUAGAUGAACGAAUUGAGUUUGUUGGGAAACUAUAUAAGCAAACUUUGAAGCGUGCUGAGCUCCGAGAUGAACUUUUUGCUCAGAUUUCAAAACAAACCAGGAACAACCCUGAUAGGCAAUACUUAAUCAAAGCAUGGGAGCUGAUGUAUUUAUGUGCAUCCUCCAUGCCUCCUAGCAAGGACAUGGGUGGAUAUUUAUCCGAGUAUGUUCAUAAUGUAGCGCAGGGUGUUAAUACUGAUUCUGAGGUCCAAAUCCUGGCUCUGAAUACAUUAAAUGCUUUAAAGCGUUCAGUUAAAGCUGGUCCCAGGCAUAUGAUACCAGGUCGUGAGGAGAUUGAAGCUCUUCUAACUGGUAGAAAGCUUACAACUAUAGUUUUCUUUUUGGAUGAAACAUUUGAAGAAAUUACAUACGACAUGGCAACAACAGUAUCUGAUGCUGUAGAGGAACUUGCGGGGAUAAUUAAACUAUCAGCUUACUCUAGCUUCACUCUAUUUGAAUGCCGUAAAGUUGUCACUGGUUCCAAGUCACCUGAUCUUGGGAGUGAGGAGUAUAUUGGGUUAGAUGAUAACAAAUAUAUUGGUGAUCUGCUGGCGGAAUUUAAAGCAGCCAAGGAUCGAAGUAAAGGAGAAAUUCUGCACUGCAAACUAACAUUUAAAAAGAAGCUAUUUCGAGAGUCAGAUGAAGCUGUGACAGACCCAAUGUUUGUGCAAUUGUCAUAUGUUCAAUUGCAACAUGACUAUGUAUUGGGCAAUUAUCCAGUUGGAAGGGACGAUGCUGCCCAGCUUUCUGCAUUGCAGAUCUUGGUUGAGAUUGGCUUUGUUGGUAGCCCUGAAUCAUGCACUGAUUGGACUUCUCUUCUUGAACGAUUCCUCCCUAGACAAGUUGCAAUUACUAGGGCAAAGCGGGAUUGAGUUGGAUAUUCUUUCUCUUAUCGAUCAAUGGAGCAUUUACACAAAGAUGAUGCUAGACAACAAUUUCUGCGGGUAUUGAGGACGCUUCCUUAUGGGAAUUCAGUUUUCUUCAGUCGAAAGAUUGAUGAUCCUAUUGCUUUGCCAGGAAGAAUUGUCUUGGGCAUUAACAAGCGAGGGGUUCAUUUUUUCCGUCCAGUUCCAAAAGAGUAUCUACAUUCUGCAGAGCUAAGAGACAUAAUGCAAUUUGGUAGUAGCAAUACUGCUGUAUUUUUUAAGAUGAGAGUUGCAGGUGUUUCUCAAUUCCAGUUUGAAACCAAGCAGGGAGAAGAAAUUUGUGUUGCUCUUCAGACACAUAAUGAUGUAAUGUUACGUCGAUACUCCAAAGCACGCUCUGCUACUAGUGCAAUGAAUGGAGAUCAUUCUAACAAUGUUAAGCCUCCUAGUAUGGAAGUGUUUGAAAAACGUGUGCAGGAUUUAUCCAAAACUGUUGAAGAAUCUCAAAAAAAUGCUAAUCGUUUGUCAGAAGAAUUGCAUGAAAAGGAAAAGCAAAACAAAAUGCAAGAAGAACUGGAGAGCUUGAAAGAUGCUUUGAGAAGGAAGCAGAAAUUGGCAGAAGUUGCUAGCGACCGUGAUAGUCUUAAAUUGUUGUGCCAUGAAAAGGAUACUGAUCUUCAAGCUGCAUUGAUGGAAAAAAAGAGCAUCGAAGUGAGCAUUGCGCAGCUUCAGGAUGAACUAAAAAUUUGCAAUGAGCAAUUGCAUGCAGAACAAGAAAUUGUGAAGAAGUUGUUGAAUGAGAAAAUCAUAUUAGAGCAGAGGGUUUUCAAAGUUGAAAAGAAAAAAGCUGAGGAAUGGAAAUUCUUGAGAAACUUUGAGCAAGAACGCAAGGCUUUAAGGCUCCCAUGUUUGAAAUUGAAGAAAGUUGGAAAGACUACACAAGAUUUGGCUACUGUUCAGUCAACUCUUGCAACUAGGAUACAGAUUGGCUGUACUACAGAACAACUUAAGGAAUUAGAGGAAUUGAGAGAGAUGAAAGAGGUAUCAGAGAUAGAAAAUGAGCAAACUGCUGCCAUCUUGAAGAUGCAAGACCAACUUGCUGAGUUAGAAGCACUUUAUAAAGAAGAGCAAACUUUAAGGAAACGUUACUUUAAUACUAUUGAAGAUAUAAAAGGCAUAAGGGUUUUCUGUCGUUUAAGACCUCUAAAUGAGAAAGAGGUUGUGCAAGUAAGACAUGUUCUUUCAAGUCUUGAUGAGUUCACAGUAGAACAUCCAUGGAAAGAUGAUAAGGCAAAGCAACAUAUGUAUGAUCGAGUCUUUGAUGGCUAUGCCACCCAAGAUGAUGUCUUUGAGGAUACACGGUACUUGGUUCAAUCUGCUGUUGAUGGCUACAAUGUUUGUAUAUUUGCUUAUGGACAAACUGGAUCUGGAAAGACAUUUACAAUAUACGGAUCUGAGAUCAAUCCUGGAAUUACUCCACGAGCCAUCACAGAACUUUUUAGAAUCUUAAAGAGAGAUAGUAAUAAAUUUUCAUUUUCUUUAAAGGCAUAUAUGGUGGAGUUGUAUCAAGAUACCCUUGUAGACCUUUUAUUACCAAGGAAUGCAAAGCGUUUAAAAUUGGACAUUAAGAAAGAUUCAAAGGGUAUGGUGGCAGUAGAAAAUGUGACAGUUGUAUCAGUUUCUACAUUUGAAGAAUUAAAAAGCAUUAUCCAAAGAGGAUCUGACCAGCGGCAUACAUCUGGAACUCAGAUGAAUGAAGAAAGUUCAAGAUCUCACUUGAUACUUUCAAUUGUCAUUGAAAGUACUAACCUUCAAACUCAAUCUGUUGCAAGAGGAAAGCUAAGUUUUGUGGACCUUGCUGGUUCCGAAAGGGUAAAGAAGUCAGGCUCUUCGGGUAGUCAACUCAAGGAAGCUCAAAGUAUCAACAAAUCACUUUCAGCUCUCGGUGAUGUUAUUAGUGCUUUAUCUUCAGGCAGUCAACACAUACCUUAUAGGAAUCACAAGUUAACAAUGCUAAUGAGUGAUUCACUUGGUGGAAAUGCAAAAACUCUUAUGUUUGUGAAUGUAUCUCCAGCUGAAUCAAAUUUGGAUGAGACUUACAAUUCCUUAUUGUAUGCUUCAAGAGUGCGGUCAAUUGUGAAUGAUCCAAGCAAAAAUAUUUCAUCGAAGGAGGUAGCUCGAUUGAAAAAGUUGGUUUCAUAUUGGAAAGAGCAAGCAGGUAGAAGGGGGGAUGAAGAAGAUUUUGACGAGAUUCAAGAAGAACUGCCGAUGAAAGACAGGACAGAUGGCCGCCAUUCCAUGUAGAGAUUAUGUGAGGGUAUCUGAAAUUUCAGGUAUAAGUACUGUUGAUCUUGUAGGUUGGUGGAUAUAGUUUUGGUUUGAUGGACCACACUGAACAUGUGUGAUAGCUAGAGUCACUUUUGAUUUAUUGGCUGAAGCGUUUAGUUGUAUAGUUGGCAUUCCGCAUUGGGUUGUACAUAUUUAUGAUUCACUUUUGUUGAAUACGUAUGUAUCUGAA